AUGGAGAAACACAAAAAAGCAAGGAAAAUGCCAUUUUUCGUAUGCACAAUAUUACUUUCUAUCAUUAUCUCUCAUGCAUCAGCUUAUAAGCCUUACAUUUAUUCAUCACCACCACCACCACCAGCUAAGCAUGCUAAGCUUCCAAAAUACUUGCCUAACUUACCACUUCCAUCGGUGAACAAGUAUUACUAUAGUUCGCCGCCGCCGCCAUCACCACCACAUCCAAAGCACGUACAGCAUCCCGAAUACAUCUACAAAUCCCCACCUCCACCAAAGAAGUACUCUUAUAGCUCACCUCCACCACCAGCGUACAACUACAAAUCACCACCACCUCCAAAACACGUAGAGCAUCCCGAAUACACCUACAAAUCUCCACCUCCGCCAAAGAAGUACACCUACAGCUCGCCUCUGCCACCGCCGUACCACUACAAAUCACAACCACCUCCUAAACAAGUAGUGCAUCCCGAAAACACCUACAGAUCACCACCUCCGCCAAAGAAGUACACCUACAGCUCGCCUCCACCACCAUCGUACCAAUACAAGUCACCACCACCUCCAAAACACGUAAAGCAUCCUGAACACACCUACAAAUCUCCACCUCCGCCAAAGAAGUACACCUACAACUCGCCCCCACCACCAUCAUACCAAUACAAGUCACCACCACCUCCAAAACACGUAGAGCAUCCCGAAUACACCUACAAAUCUCCACCUCCGCCAAAGAAGUACACCUACAGCUCGCCUCCACCACCAUCGUACCAAUACAAGUCCCCACCACCUCCAAAACACGUAGAGCAUCCCGAAUACACCUACAAAUCUCCACCUCCGCCAAAGAAGUACACCUACAGCUCGCCUCCACCACCAUCGUACCAAUACAAGUCACCACCACCUCCUAAACAAGUAGUGCAUCCCGAAUACACCUACAAAUCACCACCUCCGCCAAAGAAGUACACCUACAGCUCGCCUCCACCACCAUCGUACCAAUACAAGUCACCACCUCCUCCAAAACACGUAGAGCAUCCUGAAUACACCUACAAAUCUCCACCUCCGCCAAAGAAGUACACCUACAACUCGCCCCCACCACCAUCAUACCAGUACAAGUCACCACCACCUCCAAAACACGUAGAGCAUCCCGAAUACACCUACAAAUCUCCACCUCCGCCAAAGAAGUACACCUACAGCUCGCCUCCACCACCAUCGUACCAAUACGAGUCCCCACCACCUCCAAAACACGUAGAGCAUCCCGAAUACACCUACAAAUCUCCACCUCCGCCAAAGAAGUACACCUACAGCUCGCCUCCACCACCAUCGUACCAAUACAAGUCACCACCACCUCCUAAACAAGUAGUGCAUCCCGAAUACACCUACAAAUCACCACCUCCACCAAAGAAGUACACCUACAGCUCACCUCCACCACCAUCGUACCAAUACAAGUCACCACCACCUCCAAAACAUGUAGAGCAUCCUGAAUACACCUACAAAUCUCCACCUCCGCCAAAGAAGUACACCUACAGCUUGCCUCCACCACCAUCAUACCAGUACAAGUCACCACCACUUCCAAAACACGUAGAGCAUCCCGAAUACACCUACAAAUCUCCACCUCCCCCAAAGAAGUACACUUACAGUUCGCCUCCACCACCAUCGUACCAAUAUAAGUCACCACCACCUCCAAAACACGUAGAGCAUCCUGAAUACACCUACAAAUCUCCACCUCCGACAAAGAAGUACACCUACAGCUCGCCUCCACCACCAUCAUACCAAUACAAGUCACCACCACCUCCAAAACACGUAGAGCAUCCCGAAUACACCUACAAAUCUCCACCUCCGCCAAAGAAGUACACUUACAGUUCGCCUCCACCACCAUCGUACCAAUAUAAGUCACCACCACCUCCAAAACACGUAGACCAUCCUAAAUACACCUACAAAUCUCCACCUCCGCCAAAGAAGUACUCAUAUAGCUCGCCUCCACCACCAUCGUACCAGUACAAGUCACCACCACCUCCAGAACACGUAGAGCACCCUGAAUACAUCUACAAAUCUCCACCUCCUCCAAAGAAGUACACCUAUAGUUCACCUCCACCACCAUCGUACCAGUAUAAGUCACCACCACCUCCCAAACAUGUAGAGCAUCCUGAAUAUACCUACAAAUCUCCACCCCCUCCAAAGAAGUACUCCUACAACUCGCCUCCACCACCAUCAUUACCACCACCUCCAGAACACAUAGAACAUCCUGAAUACACUUACAAAUCUCCACCUCCACCGUACUACUACAAUUCACCCCCUCCUCCUAAGGAAUACUAA